AUGAAGCAUUUUCAUAAACUCAUACACGACGAUGGUUCAGAAAUAUACGUGCACAAUGCAAUCUUCCUAUCAGCUCUGCGGAUUUUCACAUCGGUAACGCCGGAAGUCGCGGCAGUGUACCAGUCGUAUUUCAACAAGACGCAGAAGUUUAUCUGCGUCAGUCACUUUUUAUAUACUGCACAAAAUCUCUUGGCUCGAACGGUCAUGAGUGGUGGAAAAGUGUCGAAGACAGCAGAAAACGUGGCAUAUCUAAACGAUGGAGAUAUUCCAGACCACCUCAUAGACAUCAUAAACAAUGAGAUACAGUCAUUCGCGGGUAACACUGCCGUGUGUAGGUCCGAUGUAUCUCGUUACAUAAAUUACUACAUGAAAAAGUAUGCGGAUACCAUUGACUGGGAUGUUUUCCAAGAAGUUAGCUACGAAGAGUCUAAGGAAGACCCUGUUCAGUUCACGGGAUUCGAAGAAUUAGAGUCCGCUUCUGAAGCUCCCAUUCCAUUGGCUCACACUUAUCAGGGGCCAUUGAAGGUCAAGCUCAAAGUCUUGGGAUGCUCUAGCAAGCCAGUGGAUGAUUCUUAUCCUUUGGUGAACUCGCGGGUUGACGAAGAAUCGGAGCAUUCAGAAGCUACAGAGACUCAACUCUAUUGAGUUUGUAAACAUAUUAUACUUUGAAUAUGUAUAUGCUGUGGUAAGAUUGCCCAGCGUAUUGUAACUGUAAUCAAGUCAUAUUAGAAGUCCAUGUUUCUGUUCUUUGUUGGGGAAGAUUCUCUGAUUUCUUCAUCAAGUUUACAAAGAUAUUGGAUUGUAUAUAUGUAUGUACAUUGUUAAGAUUUUCUGUUGGAAAUAAGGUCUUUUAUAUGAAUUUUAUACUAGCGCUA